CUUUCAUCACACGCGAUGACGCCAGAGAUCGUGGGCUUUUUUUGAGAGGUUUAUCUUUAAGCGCCAUUUAAUGUGUGCUCACUCGCAAAUAGAAACGGUAAAAGGUGUUUUCUCCCAUCCUCCUGUUUUCGGGAUUCUUUGACUGCGGUACAAAUGGCCAGGUGGGAUGUUUGUGCGUGGUUCUGACUCUUUCACUGGGUAAAACCUUUUUGCAAAUAUGACCGCGAUUUUUUUCCCGCGCGACUUGAGAUUCGGUUUGGUUCUGUGUCAGAAAAUCCCACUGAUCUUGUAAAAGUGUCAGUUCCGUUUUGCGAUGGUCAAGCCACAGAUCUCUCAGUGAGUGCCUCGUGUUAAUAUCUGCAAUCUCAGCCUUCAACAAUGUGCAAUCUUGUAUUACUCAGUGCAUCAGUUAUUAUUCUAUUUUUCUUGAGUGCAUCCACAGCAUUCACAUUCCCCGGUGCAACAAACGACGCCCGAGAAUGCGCAUCCAGCAGCAAGAAUCGAUGCGGGGUACAAGCACUCACCGACAGAAUUGUGGGUGGAAAUUUAACAUCAAUCGACGAAUUUCCCUGGAUGGCUCUGUUGAGCUACAGAAAUGAAGAUGGGGAGGAUGUAUGGGGAUGUGGAGGAACAUUAAUUGGAACCCGUACAAUUCUAACAGCAGCCCAUUGUCUUCUGCCUUCUCUGAAAUUUGUGCGAUUGGGGGAACACAAUGUGAGCAGUGCUCUUGAUUGCCAGCAAUUUGCCAGUCCCGAUGACAUAGACUGUGCAGAUCCCCCAAUGGAUUUCACAGAUUUCAUCAUGGUCCAUCAUCCCAAAUGGACUCCCGAGAAGAAGCAGAAUGAUAUUGGAUUGAUAAAGUUGAUGAAGGAACCCCCAGUUACCGACUUCAUCCAUCCCAUUUGUCUGCCCUGCGGGGAACAGGUCAUAGUCAAUGCUACUAUUGCCGGAUGGGGUGCUACAGAUGGAGUAGAUCCACGUGCCAGCACUGACACAAAAAUGAAAGCAGUGCUUAAGAUUAUUGAACUAGGAAAGUGCCAGCUCUUCUAUCGGCAGUCCAACAUUAAAAUUGACAAUCAAAUUUGCGCUGGUGGAGUUAAGGGUGUUAAUGCUUGUCGAGGUGAUUCCGGAGGACCCCUUAUGAUAUCUAGCAUGAAUCUUUGGUUUGUGAUUGGCGUCGUAUCUUUCGGACCCCAAAUCUGUGCCUACGAUCACGGAGUUACAGCCCCAAGUGUCUACACGAGGGUCGCAGACUACGGAGAUUGGAUCCGGAGCAACAUGGUUUGAUUGAACAGAGAAUCUCUAUAUUUUGCUACAGUUACAAAAAUUAGUUAAUUCGUGAAAUUAAUGGAGAAAAGUAAGUCUCAUUUGCAAGUCUCGGAGAGAGUGGUAUUUACGAAAUAUUUCCUGAGAAUUGUUCUAGCGAAGAGAAAGAUAUUUAAAUAUAAAUAUUUCCAAGAAUAAA